UUGUUCCCUAAGCUAGCACGCCACGCCACCUUCUCCCGUACAUAACCGAAUGUUCCACUCCACCUUCCCCUCCCACCGCUUCUGUCUGCCCCUCCACCACCAAUGGCCACCCGUCUCCGCGCCACCGCCACAGCCAUCGCCGUCUUCUCCUACGGCGCCCACGCUUCCCUCCGCGACCCCUCAGUCUCCGCCAACGACCGCAGCGGCGCCCCCGCCGCGGACGCCAUCCAGAGGAAGAUAUCCGACCCGUGCGCCGUCGUCCCGCCUAGGGCCGUGCAGGAGUCGGCCCUCGUCGGUGCCAGCCCCGUCAAUCCCCUCGACUUACUCGUGGUCGGCGGUGGUGCCACCGGGUGCGGCGUCGCUCUCGACGCCGCUACGAGAGGCCUCCGCGUGGGGUUGGUGGAGAGAGAGGACUUUUCGUCUGGGACUUCUUCUCGGUCUACUAAACUAAUUCAUGGAGGAGUUCGGUACUUGGAGAAAGCAAUUUUUAACUUAGACUAUGGACAGCUGAAGCUGGUUUUUCAUGCCCUUGAGGAGCGUAAACAGGUUAUUGAGAAUGCUCCACACUUAUGCCAUUCUUUACCAUGCAUGACACCCUGUUUCAAGUGGUUUGAGGUGGCGUACUAUUGGACUGGCUUGAAGCUAUAUGACCUUGUUGCGGGACGCCACCUGCUGCAUCUGUCCAGAUAUUAUUCUGCACAAGAGUCUGUCGAACUCUUCCCAACUCUUGCAAGGAAAGGUAAAGAUAGAACAUUGAAGGGAGCAGUGGUUUAUUAUGAUGGUCAAAUGGAUGACUCAAGACUAAAUGUUGCUUUAGCAUGCACUGCUGCGCUGGCUGGUGCAGCUGUGCUUAACCAUGCUGAAGUCUUAUCUUUUCUUAAGGAUGAUGUUAGUGAGCGGAUAAUUGGCGCUCGUAUUCGAGAUACUCUGACAGGCAAAGAGUUUGAUACAUAUGCAAAAGUGGUUGUGAAUGCCGCUGGGCCAUUUUGUGAUUCUGUGAGGAAAAUGGCUGACAAAGAUGCAAAACCAAUGAUCUGUCCAAGCAGUGGUGUACAUAUAGUGCUUCCCGAUUAUUAUUCUCCUCAGGGAAUGGGCUUAAUCGUUCCCAAAACUAAAGAUGGGCGUGUUGUCUUCAUGCUGCCAUGGUUGGGGAGAACGGUUGCUGGCACUACAGAUUCUAACACCGCAAUUACAAUGCUUCCAGAACCAAACGAGUAUGAGAUUGAAUUUAUAUUGGAUGCCAUCUCUGAUUACCUUAAAAUUAAGGUGCGGCGUGUGGAUGUUCUCUCUGCUUGGAGUGGUAUUCGGCCAUUGGCAAUGGAUCCUAGAGCGAAGAACACAGAGAGCAUUUCCCGUGAUCAUAUUGUAUUUGAAGGUUACCCCGGUUUGGUCACAGUUACUGGUGGGAAGUGGACUACUUUUAGAAGUAUGGCAGAAGAUGCCGUUGAUGCAGCUAUAAAGUCGGGAAAGCUGAGUCCAACCAAUAAAUGCGUAACAUAUAACCUACGUCUUAUUGGCGGAGAUGGAUGGGAUCCUUCACAUUUCGCUGUGCUUGCUCAACGAUAUGUGCGUACGAAGAAGUCAUAUUGGGGUAAAGUUGUUCCAGAAGCAAUGGACACUGCUACAGCAAAGCAUUUGUCCCGUGCAUACGGUACCUUGGUUGACCGGGUGGCUGCCAUUGCUCAGAAUGAAAGUCUGGGGAGGCGGCUUGCUCAUGGAUAUCCAUAUUUAGAAGCUGAGGUGGCAUACUGUGCUCGGAACGAGUACUGUGAAUCUGCAGUAGAUUUCAUUGCCAGGAGAUCUCGGCUAGCUUUCCUCGACACUGAUGCAGCAGGUCGAGCAUUGCCACACGUGAUCCAGAUACUAGCUUCCGAACACAAAUGGGACAGGUCAAGGCAGAAGCAAGAAUUACAGAAGGCUAAAGAAUUUUUGGGAACUUUCAAGUCAUCACAAAAUGCAGAGUUCCACGAUGGCAAACACAAGUAGUCAUGAUGCGUUGUGUUAUAAGUGUUAAAUGUUUGAGGAGCUGAAUCCUUGUCGAAUUUUCCGAAAGGAUUUUCACAGCUUUGCGUUUUGGUAAAGAAGUUUCUACUGUUCUUUCUGUGAAUGCUUCAGAGCUCUGGUGAGGUUGCUCUAUGGCGGAAAUAAUUGUGCAUAUGCUCUAUGGUGUGUAGGUUUCUGAAUAGCUGAUCCAGCUUUUGUUGGGAAACAAGCUACUCUCUGUACAGCAAUCUUCCCUUUUAGCAUACAUAUAGGAAUUAAUUUUCUUCCCUUUUUUUUUUGUUUUUGGUUGGUGUAAUGUUUAAUGUGAUAACCAUUUGUAUCAUUCGUCCGCUUUUCCAUUCUACGAAAGUGAAAGUCCGUAUUCUCGUUUUUCUA